AUGUCCUCUUCCCAGCUCGUCAUGCCCAAGGUGGGCUCUCACCUCAUCCUCACGACACCGGCACGCCACGUGCUCCAGAUGACCCUCAACAGGCCCGAGCAGCUCAACUCGAUGACAGAUGCCAUGGAGGACGACAUUUGCCGCGUCUUUGACUGGUUCGAGAGCGAGCCAUCUCUGUGGGUCAUCAUCCUCGCCGGCAAGGGCAGGGCCUUCUGCGCUGGACAAGAUCUCAAGGACUGGCUCAGCAAGAAUCGGGCCUAUGAAACUACAAGGCAUGCUACAGGCGAGCCUAUGCAAUCCGAAGCAGAGGUCAACAAGACAAUCCAGAGGCUCAAGCGCGGCGGCUUUGGUGGUAUGAGUGCGCGCAGGAGCGCAAAACCCAUCAUCGCCGCCGUCGACGGUAUCUGCAUGGGUGGCGGCACCGAGACCAUUCUGAACUGUGACAUUGUGGUAGCCAGCACACGUUCAGUCAUUGGUCUGCCCGAAGUGGCAAGAGGCGUGGUGGCUGCCAUGGGCGGCAUCCCUCGACUUACACAGCUAUGCGGUCACCAACGUGCAUCAGAGCUGCUCUUGCUCGGCAAGCCUAUCAGCGCCAAGGAAGCUCACGAUCGAUACAACAUGGUCAAUCGUCUUGUCGACGUAGCCAAAUCCACGUCAGAAGAGCUUGGUCAGAUAGCUGUCGACCAGGCUGCCAUCGAGAUUGCCACCCAGCUCACCCAAAACAGUCCUGACAGCGUGCUGGUCACCAAGUCUGCGCUGGUCAUGGCGCGCGACUCGACCAAUGGCGACAUUGAUGCUUCGGCACGAGACAACUUGCUCUCUGACAGGAGUCGUUUGCUCUAUGUUGGCAAAAACAUCAGCGAAGGUUUGGAAGCAUUCAAAGGCAAACGCAAACCCAAGUGGUUCAAUCCCAUUCCACUCACGGCCUCCAGCAGCGACCCGCGCUCCAAGCUCUAG